UUGUUUACUUUGCUUUAACUUACUUGAUCUUCUCAAUUGUGUUUGUUUUUGGAGGAAAUGCACUGUAUGUUUUUUCCUGCUUUCAAGAUUUUGUAAAGAAGUAUAGUCAAUUUACUACUGUGCAUGUCUUGUUUAUCCAGGGGAUAUCCCAGGUAAGAUUGUAACUUUAAAACAGCUCUUGUUUGAGCAUGCACCCAGACAACAACAUUUGACAAACUACAAAAAUAUUGCCAGAUAUUCAGUUCAAAAGGAUAUAACAGAAAAAUGACCGAUAGUGUACCUGGGAAGAGUUUACUUGAGGAAAGUAAAUUUUAUGAAAAUUCUUUAUCUGAGAACCAGUCUGAAAUAAACUGUGACUCCUGUGAAGAAGAUGUUGAGUCUAGACCUGCUGUGGGAUUUUGUGUGGAGUGCCAGAGCUAUCUGUGUGAUCAGUGUUUUCAAUACCACUGCCUUCCACGACCUAUGCGGCAUCACCGAUUGCUGGAUAAAAAAGAAAUGCCCAAGAAAAAGGUGACAGGGAGUUUGUCUGAAGUUUGCCAAAAGCAUGAAGGGGAGACAAUGAAGUUUUACUGUAAAACUCAUGAAGAAGUUGGUUGUAACUCCUGUAUGGUUAUUGAACAUAAGCCAUGCCCAGAAAUAUGCAGUUUGGCCGAUAUUGCCAAAGGUGUGGAAAAAUCUUAUCAGUAUAGAAGUCUAUGUGACAAAAUCACUGUAACCAAAAGAGAGCUUGAAGAUCAGAUCAGAGUUGCCCAUGAAAACAUCGAAAUAAGCAAAUCAUGCAGAGAAACAGCAAUUUGCAGUAUAGAUGAAUUUCAACAGAAAAUGCUUGAGAAACUUGAAUCACUUAGAAAUGAAAUAACGAAAGAAGCUGAAGAAAAAGAGAGAAAAGAAACCAUUAAAAUAGAACAAGUAGUCAAAGUAGCAAAUAAAACAAAGGAAGAACUGCAAGAUUUAUCAACCAACAUGGAAAUACUUGAAGAAACGAAACAAAGCAAACAGUUAUUUGUCGCUAUAAAAAAAGUAGAAAAGCAACAUCAAGCUUUGGUGAAAAACUUGGAAGACAUGAAAAAAGAAAAUAAAGUGGAAAGAUAUUCAUUUGUUGCAAAUGAACUUUUGUCAAGUAUGUUCCAGAAUAUUGAUGCGUUAGGUGAACUGAGCAUUCCUGAAGCCGACAAUUCAUCUGAAGCACUGCUUAGUUCUUACAGUUAUUAUCUUGAAUAUGGAUUCCCGAAAGUACUGGUGACACCAGACGAUUAUUUUCUAUUUACUGACCGCAUAUUUAAUGACAUUUACUUAAUGGAAGAUAAUGAAAUCAUUGCAAAGAAACGACUAACCUCAUGCCCAUGGGAUGUAGCACUGACUGAAGAAAAUGAAUUUGCAGUCACAUUCCCAAAUGAAAGGAAAAUCAAAAUCCUUGCAGUUGCUGAUCAAGAAAUCAUAGAAAGCAGAGAAAUUAAAGUAAAUGCAAGAUGUGAAGGCAUAGCGUAUGCCAAUAAGCUGUUACUUGUGGCUUGUACAAAUCCACCAUCAGUGAUUGUAUUAGAUAUUUCUGGCAAGAUCAUUCGAACCAUUUCAACGGAUGAAAAUGGCUGCCUGUUGUUCAAACAGCCAGCUUACAUAGCAUUUAGCAGAAAAAGAAAACGUAUUUGUGUGACAGACAGACAGAGUGACAGUAUAAAUAUACUUACGAUGGAAGGAAAAUUAGAUAAGGUUUGCAAACUGGAGGAAGUCAAAAUGCCUCUUUCAAUUGCUUUUUGUGAAGAUUCAGAUGAAGAUGAAGAAAAAGAUGAAGAUGAGGAAAGAGAUGAAGAUUCAGAUGAAAAUGAAGAUACAGAUGAAGGAAAAAAUGAAAAUGAAGAAAACGAUGAAGAAAAAAAGGAAGAUACAGAUGAAGAUAAAGAUGAAGAUGGAUACUUAGGACUUGUUGACUUUAAAGACAAUUCUUUACAUGUAUUCAACAUACACACUGGUGAGUCAAAGUCAGAAAUGUUAGACUUAACUGAUUCAGACAACCCACAUUUUUGUAAAAUUACAGACUUUAAAAUUUUACAUUCUAAAAUAUUGACAGUCACUGGGUUUAUGACAACAAAAUAUUAAGUGUAUAUUGAUGCUACUACAUUGUACUUGCAUUUUUUUUUUAAUAAUGUUGUUUGUUGAAUGUAUACCAGAGUUCAAUCUUAAAUGGUAUCAGACAACUUUAAUCUUAAUAUAGAGAUCUAUAGAUAUAUAUUAUGGAAGCAAUUUUUGUUUUUAUCCUAUUUCCAAUUGUGUAUAUAUUAAAUCGACACAGUCAACGUAUAAAAUUGACUCUAAAAUCCUUUAACCUGCUAAAUUUCUAAAAUGGACUGGUCUGUCAUUCAGUUUGGGUAGUACCAUUUAUUAACUGAAGAGGUGUUCACUGAAAAUUUACUGACUGAAUAGCAAACAGUGCAAACCAUGAUCAGACUCCACGGAUGAUCUUGGUCUGCACUGGUCGCAAAGGCAAAAUCACUUUCCCUCAGCAGGCUAAAGGUUAAGAGGCACUUCUCCAGAUAAUGAUUUGCAUCAGUUUUCUUUUCUGAAUUUAGUCAGUACAAAAUAAGGAAAGAGGACCAUCGUGGCCAUAAAUCACUCACUGGACCUUGUCCUUUUGACCUUGAUUAUAUGUCACACAGUUUAUCAUGAAAGGUAACCAUUGUUAAAAUAUUUAUCCUGAAAAUAUGAGUUAUAACCUGUACAAGGAAACUAGACAUCUUUUACUAAGGAGAUAUGAUCUUAACAAACACUGUCCAAUCAUGGUUUCUGAAUAAUGUUUUAUAUACAGACAUAGUUUUUACAGAAAUGAUUUAGUGUAAAGCAGUAAAUCCCUCAAAGUAUAAACCCAUAAUGUAAGUUUUCAGAGAAAAUUGUAUCUGAAACUGUUGGUCCAGAAAUUAAUAAGAAUUAUUUAGGCAAGAUUUUCAUUAUUUUUAAUGUAUUCUCUUGACAUUUUUAGCUCACCUGUCACACAUAGUGACAAGGUGAGCUUUUGUGAUCACCCUUUGUCUGUCUUCCGUCGUCAGUCAGUCCGUCCAUGCGUGCGUGCAUCAAUUUCUUGUCUGUACAAUAGUGGUGUCAUUUAUGAUUUUAUUUUAACCAAAGUUGCACACAACUUGUAUCACCAUAAGACCUUGAUUCCUUUAAAUACGCCCGAAGGAACGUAUUAUGUUAUCACCUUGGUGUCCGUCUCUCUGUCUGUCUGUUGGUUAGCAGUUUCCCUUCCCCUCUGUAACUCUUGAACCCCUUGAAGGAUUUCAAAGAAACGCGACACAAAUGUUCACCUCAUUGAAAUGAUGUGCAGAGCGCAUGUUUCCGAUGGCUCACUUCAAGGUCAAGGUCACACUUAGGGGUCAAAAGUCAUAUGACUUUGUUUUGUGUGUAUAUUGCUCUGCAUUUGCGUUGCAUUGCAGUGCUCUUGUUUUUAUUUGGCAGAUCCUUCUUUUGUUCACUUACAAUAAUUUCUUUUUUAAUUACUUCCCUUUUAUAUUACUAUAAAUAGCUUAUUUAGUAACUUUUUUAUUAUUGGCCGUAGGGAAAAACUGAGGCCACUUUUUUGUGGUACAACAUGGAUGGUACCUCCAAUUUUUAGGUGUAUUUUGGCAUAUCUGUACCUUGUAAGAAUUUUUUUUCUUUUUGGUUAAAUUUCUCCCCUUUGUUGUUCCUGUCCUUUGGACUUAUUGCUAUAUAGAAAACUGAUUUCAAAACAAUUUUAUUUUACACAAGACUAGUGUUCCUUGGGUGACCCCUGCUGGUCCGUUUUCAAAAUAGUUUUACACAAAUGUUUCUUGGGUGACCCUCUACCAAAUUCCUUCAAACAAUUUUGAUUCAUUGAAAAAGUGGCUGCCUGGGGGAGGGGCUCAUUUUCCCAUAUGGCUAUACAAAAAACUUCUUGUAUAAAACUACUGGCCUGAUUUGAAAAUAAUUUUAUUUGAAGCAACUUUGAAGUGCCGGUUUUAAUCUAUUUUUAGAUUUUUAGAUCAGUGACAGUGGUGCCAGUAAUGAUCUGUUAUUGGUGGAGCCUGUAUGGCGCAGUUUAUAUUAGAUCAUGGGCAAAUUUGAUCAAGAGUAUGGGGAAAAGGUAGAAUAUUUUAUGCAAACAGGACACUGAUCUUGGAUUUAGCUUAAUUUUUAUUUUGCAGUUAUUUUCAGGCAAGAUGAAUGCAUAGUUCAGUACUGCAAGGCUGAUGUACAGCUUCUCCACAUAUCUCUCUGGCGUGGCGACUUGUUUGUAAAUCAGUUACAUUUUGUUACUGUUCAGUCCGUCUUAUACAUCUAUACAUGAUAUAGUCUAGUUUUUAAUGUUUCCUCCUUGAUUGCUAUGAGCAGUUGGUCUAGUAGUUAGAAUGCGUUCCCAGCGGUAUCAUUUCCAGUGAUUGGUUGUAUGUACCAGGGGCGUCCUUUUUGAUAGUAGAUAUAUUGCCAGAAUAGCAGCUUUGUGAACGUUUGUCCAGAUCCUCUUUCCUGGUAGAAUGCUGAAUGCAUUUUCGACAUUUGUAACAAGUGUAUUGUAUCUUGUGUCUGUUCAAAGAUUCACAGUGUUUGUAUUAUUUGUAACAAAUUUCUGUAAUGUAAUGUAAUGUAAUGUAAUGGUAAAUCAUUCCAAACAACAGGCCCUGAAUACAAUAAGCUUCCUUUGAAAAGUUCUGUAUUUGGUUUUGGUACUUUGAAAGUAGGACCACGUACUGAUCUUAAAAUAAUGGAUUGAUUAACAUCAUCUGCAUCCUUAAGUUCAAAGUCUUUACAUAUAUACAUUGGAAAAUUUCUGUUUACAAUUUUAAACAUAACUAUAGCUUUAUUGAAUUUAACUUUAUCUAGGAAGGGAAGCUGAUUCAUUUUUCUCAUCGCGUCUCCAAAGGUUGUAUAGUUUUGUCCAAAAAUCAGUUUACACGCCAAUUUUUGAAGGCGAAUAAUUUUACUGACAUUAGAAUGUGUUGUAUUUGACCAUAAAAUACUACAGUAAUCAAUAUGUGAUUGAAUAUAUACAUUAUAAAACAUUAUUUUGUGUUUUAAAUCAAGAAAUGAUUGAAUUUUUGAGAGAAGCCAAAGGUACGAGGAUAUUUUCCUUGUUACAUAUCUAACAUGGGUGUCCCAUUUCCUUGUAUUCUCAAUAUGAAUGCCAAGUAAUUUCUCUCCAUUGCUAAUUUCAAGAUUUACAUUAUGAUACUGAAGAGAUAAAGGUUUUUCUGAAACCUGUCGACUUCUCUGAGGGGUUGUAAUAAGUAAAACUUUGGUUUUGGAAGUAUUCAAUUGGGUUCCAUUAUAUUUGCACCAAUGCUCUAAUUUUUGCAAUGCUUGCAUCAAGUUUGACUGUAAAGUAGCUUUACAUGACAUCGUAUAAUGUAGUGUCAUCAGCAUAUAGAUCAACUGAUUUAAUAUUAUCAGAAAUUAAGAGUGGAAGAUAAUUAAUAAAUAGAAGGAAUAGUAAGGGACCAAGUAUUGAGCCCUGGGGUACCCCACAUUCAUAAUUCUGUUUUACUACACAUAAUUAUAAUAGACUGCUAGUUCUGUUCUUGUAUAUUUUAUAAAUAUCGUAUUUGUAGUUUUUUUUUUUUUUUUCUUUUCAGUAAUUAAUUUGGGAAAAUCUGCUGCAUAAGACUAAAAUGAAAGAGAUUCCAUUAAUAAUAGUUAGUUGGUCUCAAUUUAAUGAAAUGUUUUGACACUGUAUGAUUUUAAGUCACCACAUGGCCAGUGGCCAGCUUUCUGAUUAACAGUCCAAAGGUUACUAGUUCCAUCCUUGAAAUCCUUAAGUUCCAUCCUUAAGAUUUAUAAGUAGAAUAAAAAUCUUGAUUUAACUAAUUUAAGUUAUUUUCUCUUUCAGUAAAUGCUACAUCUCAGUUGGGAUUAUUUGAGUAGUAAACUCGAAAAUAUAUGUAAUUGUUAUAAUUCUUAUUUCUGCAGUACAGUCCUUUUAAAUCUUUUAAAUGUAAGGCUACACAAAUUGAUGAGCUGAUCUUUUGUGUAUCUAUAUUACUGCUUUAUUGUUUUCAUUUGUACUAAUUCAUGUGAUAUACAAUAGACCUGACAAACAGAUUUUGUUUAAUUUGUUUCCUUUUGUAAACAUGUGUAUUUGUUAGAACUGGAUGUAUCAUUAAACAGAUUACAGAAGCUA